UUCCGCGGUUUCCCAGAGGAACAGCACGGACAUCGACGCCAGAAUGCCGAAGCCCGGAUGCGUCCAGAAGCCUUACAUGGCGCAUGGACAGGUAAUCCGUUCCAACGAAGGCACUACGGAGGACUGCCUUCACCUGAACGUGUGGACGCCGUGUACGGAGAGGACCGUGCCGGGCUGCCGGAAGACGGUGCUGGUGUUUUUCCACGCAAUCGAGUUCCAGAACGGCGACAACAACUACUACGACGGCCGCUGGCUCGCUGGACUCGGUCACCUCGUCGUGGUGGCGCCCAACUUCCGGCUGGGUGCAUUCGGAUUCCUCAACAUCGGUUGCCUCUUAAGCGACGUGCCAUGCAUCCCUGACGACGUGGGCCUGGGUGACCAGCGGGCAGCCGUGCAAUGGGUGCUCGACCACAUCACCAGCUUCGGAGGCAAUGCGAGCGACGUGGUGCUCAUGGGUAGCGGGUCCGGAGCGUGGUCCGUGGGCGCGCAUCUGCUCAAGGACGGCACGGGAGGGCCUCGCUUCUGGAGCCACGAGCGCUUCGCUAAAGUGAUCCUCAUGAGCGAGUCGCCCUUUCGGGGGUACUUCGACGACAAGUCUCAUGAACUGCCGUCCCUCCUAAAAUGUCCCGACGGCGGCACGGUCGAGAUGCUGCACUGCAUGAGGACCGUCCCGUCCCGCGAGAUCGUUCGCGUCACCAGCGAGGUGGUGCGCUACUUCGGCCCUUCAGCCAGUGCCCACCCCAGCGUCCAGGAUGCGUCGGGCGUCACGGGGCGGCGAUUCCUGCUGGGCACAGUCAGCAAUGAAGGCACCCACCUUCUUGACUACCUCUUAAAGACUUCACCACCCGAUGCCGACAUGGAGUACGUACUCCCACAAUUUCUAAAUAGGAUCUACCACAUCAAGGAUGCUGAAAAGAUCGUUCAUACUUUCCAAAAGACGAUCGCGCCGUCCCAAAAUGUUACCGCGAGCGGCUACUCCUGGGCGUACGAACUGCUGGGCGACCUGUUCUACACGUGCCCGCUGUUGAGGCUGGGACGCGACCUCUCGACCAAGGCGCGCAACCUGGUAUUCGGUUACGUGUUCGACUACCAAGCCAGCUUUGCCCUUUUCAACGAUACGACGGGGGCGGCGCGUUUCUCGGACCUGGACUUCGUCUUCGGCCGUCCCCUGGACGGGUCGCGAGUGGCUAGCGCCCAGGAGCAGGACCUCAGUCGAAGAAUGAUCGACAUGUUGUCCACGUUCGCAACCACGGGGAAUCUACCGUUCGUCAACGGACAGCCGUGGGCGAGCUACACGGAUGACGGGAAAGAUAUACAAGUUCGAAUCGGGCUCACGAAUUUGCAAAGCCUGGAGCAAAGCACUGAUGCCCUCGCACCUGGAUCUGCCACUUCGGCGUCUGAAGCCGCACCCGAGGCCGGAGGUUCGGACGACAAACCCGAGCAGAUUCACGACGACGCUCACAGAAGCUUGUACUUUCGGGACGGGAAGCGACGCAUCGAUUUCAUACUCACCUAUCAGAAGCUCAAUGAUUCCGCACUGGAAAACCGUCGCGUCACCUUCGAGAAGAACCUGGUCAAAGAAGGACUCGACUUGGAACUAGAGGACGCCGCGGCAUCCUGUGAUGGCAAGACGAACUUCCUCAAGAUCCACGCCCCGUGGGAGGUGCUCAUCAAUUAUGCGGAGAAGCUUCACCUGCGCAUGCCCAUCAAGAAGAGGGGCAGGGUGGUGUCCUUUCCGACGGUGCAUGUUGAGGAGGGUGAGUGCCCAGUCCUGCCAGACGUCAAAAAGCUCGAAGAAGGCUCGACCGAACUGGACGUGGAGGCAAAGCCAACCACAAUGGACAACAUGUGGACCAGGCUGUGGAUACCGUUUCCCUACGACAAGAAACUCAUACCGGAUGAGAGGCAGUUCUUCACCGCUGAGUUCGUGCGCCAGAGAGAGCCCAUGUACCUGAUGCAGUACAAGGACACCGUCUUCUCGCAAGCCAUUCGAAGUCGGAUAGCGUGGGAAGUGCUCAUGAGAGCUCCGUACGAAGACAAAGAAUCUCACAAAGGCAUACACAAGCUGCUCAACGACCACGUCUACUUGGAAGCCUUUCCCUUGCACGACGGACCCUGUGGAAGCGGACCCUUCGAUCCUCUCAAGGAAGUUGCCACGGAGCGCAGGCUUCUCUACAGCGAGUGGGCCCGACCAGCAGCAUGGUACAAACAGCAACCGUUGGGACUCAUCAGGCGCUAUUUCGGCGAGAAGACUGGCCUUUACUUCGCUUGGCUUGGCUUCUACACGUCCAUGCUAUUCCUACCAGCGGCAAUGGGAGUGCUGACGACACUCAUCGGUCUUUUCGGAAUGUACAGAAACACGCCAACCAUUGAGGUCUGCGACCGGAGCAUCGCCGGUGACUUUAUUAUGUGUCCAGCAUGCAACAGGACCUGCCCUUACGAUUACCUCUACCACAAAUGUGAACUUCGCACGUUCAUCUACAUUAUCGACAAUGGAGCCACCGUCAUGUUUGCGAUAUUUAUGGCUUUGUGGGCGACUAUUUUCACGGAGCUAUGGAAGCGUCGUCAGAGCGUCCUGGCAUUGCAGUGGCACGUGCUGGAUGACGUCGAUACGCUUACGGACGUUGUGUACCCCGAGUUCGAGGCCCAGGCGAAGUUAUACAAGUUAAAUCCGGUGACCAUGAUAUACGAACCUUAUGUGCCGUUCUGGGAGAAAUCAGCACGGGUCGCAGCUGCCAAUUCCGUCGUGUUGCUUAUGCUGUGCCUGGUUUUGUGCUCUGUGUUCGCCAUCAUCGCCUAUCGCAUCAUCACACUCGGAUGGAUGUCGCGCAGGCCUCGGCUGCGCCCCCACGCCCACGUGUUCACGACCGUCUCCGCUUCGACGCUCAAUCUCGUCGUUAUCAUACUCAUGAACAAGGUGUACCGAAGGCUAGCGACACAACUGACUGAAAUAGAGUGUCCAAGGACGCAACACGAAUACGAAGACAGCUUCACGGUCAAGAUGUUCCUGUUCACAUUCCUCAAUACUUACUCUUCGCUUAUCUACAUAGCGUUCUUUAAAGGAAGGUUCGCGUCGCACCCAGCAUAUCACGGAACCCUGUUAGGAUACAGCCUGGAUAAGUGCGAAGACGGCUGCCUGUACGAAGUUUCCGUCCAGCUGGCAAUAGUCAUGGUGGGCAAGCAGGUCAUCAGCAACAUCAAGGAAUUUGCACAAUUGCGAAUCGCGAACCGGUGGCGCUCGUGGCAGCGGGACCACAUCAGGCGCACAGGUGGCCGGAGCACUGGACCGCUGACCCAAUGGGAGGAAGACUACGUGCUGGCAGAGUGGAGCAUGCUGUCGCUCUUCGAUGAAUACCUCGAGAUGGCCAUCCAGUUCGGCUUUGUCACGCUGUUCGUGGCCGCAUUCCCGCUGGCUCCCCUGUUUGCGCUGCUUAACAACUUCGUAGAGAUCCGCCUGGACGCCUACAAGUACACGUGCCAAUUGCGGAGGCCGCUCGCGCAGAGGGUGCCAAACAUCGGUGCGUGGCAGGUCAUUUUUGAAGGUGUCUCUAUUUUUGCCGUCAUCUGCAACGCGUUCCAGAUCGCGUACACCAGCGACUUCAUCCCCAAACUGGUGUACCGCCUCGUGUACAGCAGCGACUACAGCCUGCACGGCUUUGUGAACUUCACCUUGUCGUCGUUCGACACGAGCGACUUCGACAACGAGACGCGCCCGGACAAGGCUACGUUGGACGGCGUCGUUGUCCGAGAGUGCAGGUACAAAGGAUACCGAGAGCCUCCCGGUUCGGAAAAAGAAUACGAGCUCACUCUCACCUACUGGUACAUAUUUGCGGCUAGGCUCAUCUUCGUCGUUGUGUUUGAGCACGUGGUCUUCUUCGUGAAGUGGUUGGUGGCCGCGCUGAUACCGGACGUGCCUCGGUCGGUGCAGCAGAGGUUGAGGCGGGAACAGAUUGUGGAGCAGAAUAUGAUCGCCGACCUGCACACACGCCAGCGAGCUCGGUCCGGUAAAAGCUCCAAAAGCGUCUCCUCCAACGUCAGCAAGUGAUCGCCACCGAACUUUGCCACCUUCAAGAAUUCUGCGAUAUUUAGGUCCUCUCGGCUGAAAA